UAAAUCUCGGUUAGGCGACUAAAAAACUGGCCACGUACCGAAUUAACCUCGUCCAUAAAAAAAUAUGGACGUCUGUGGCAUGAAGAUUGGCUGAUCAGUCCCCUCCAACUUAAUCUCGGAUAUUUUAGUCGAAACGCAAGAUCCUCCUACAUCUUGAGAAAAAAAAACUAAAGAUGAAAGAGCGACGGAGAAAGAAAUAGGUAAAAAGUAAAAAACCAACGCACGUAAUUCGGCGUGUUAACCAAAACAAACCAAUAAAAAAAAAAAGGAGGAAAGAUUAUACGUACGUACGUACCUACACUUACGCACACAUAUGGAAAAAAAUAGUAGAAUGUUUGGGGGAUCGUUUUUUAAUUGAGAGAUCGCAUUAACGUACUCGAGUAUACGUUAAUUUUUUACGAGUUUAAACGAAUUUUUCAACGGUGUUAGUGCUAGCCGAAGAUUUUUCCGAUUUGUUUGCUUAAUUUUUCACCCUUUUUUCGCUUUCUUUUUUUUUUUAAUGUAAUCACCAUCGCGAGUGUGUAUAAUAAAAUGAUUUGCGUAUAGAGUAGACAAUUACACGUAUAUAGUCUUAAGCUCGUUCGAGAGUAUAUACAAUACCGUAAAUUGUUUGUUUUUUAAAAACAUAAAUAUUUAUUUCGUAAAGGUUUUUUUUUUUUAUUUCGUAUAUACGCGUUUACAUAUUUGUAUUUGAGUUUCUUCGGUUGAUUGUUUAUGAAUAAAUAAUGUAAAGUGGUAAAGAAUCUCGGAGCAACGAAUCAUCUCGCUUCGAGAACAAAUAUUUAUACGCGUAGUCCAAUUAUCGACUGCAGCUCAGAUGAUGAACGAAGUGUGAAAAAAUCAAACGUCGUCAGGUAAAUAAAUAAAAAUCCUCCGCCAAAGGGCAGCAUGAUUAAAAACGAAUCCCUACAAAGUAUCAUAUCAUCUUCGGAUACGUACAGCAGUGGCGGUGCCAUCAGCGAAAAUCCAAAUGUGCCCUUCGGUCAUCAUUAUUUCGGCGACUCGACAACCCUCUCUUCGGAUAACAACGAUAAAUUACGCGCAAUUUCCAACUCGACCUCGUCUUCGAAUUGCCUGAAAUCCAUCUCGAGUGGCAACAGUGGUGGCAGUGGCCAAUCACUGAGAAAAUCAUCUCCGGCUAUUCGACGUCAAGAAAAACCUCCCUACUCGUAUAUCGCGUUGAUCGUAAUGGCUAUCAAAAACUCGCCCAUUAAACGACUAACGCUCAGUGAAAUCUAUACUUAUUUGCAACAAAACUUUCCAUUUUUCCGAGGCCCUUACCAAGGCUGGAAGAACUCAGUACGCCAUAACCUUUCACUGAACGAGUGUUUCGUCAAAUUACCCAAAGGCUUAGGUGGUAGGCCAGGUAAAGGGCAUUACUGGACGAUCGACCCUGACUCCGAAUGUAUGUUCGAAGAAGGAUCGUAUCGACGUAGACCCAGAGGAUUUCGUAGAAAAUGUCAGAAUCUCAAGACUCCUUAUACGCCUCCUACCGCCUCUCAUUAUUACGUCGCCCCUCAGACGCCUCAAAAUUUCGAUAUGUCGUGUGCCCAAAAUGCCAUUGUACAGCAACAGUUCGAGAAUUACCAAAGUCAUUACCCUUUCGGAUACGAGUCUUCGUUUUAUUCGCAAAAUGUGCCGCCGACUGAUAUACAGAAUUAUUGGGAUUGUCCGUCCGGCUACAAAUGCAGUAUUAGUCCGGCCAACGCUUCGUCCGCAGCUGCCGCAUCAGCGGUCACUGUUCCAGUUCCGGCUCCGAAUUCGUCGACUAAUGGUUACGCUUAUCAUUAUGCGGCUGCUGCUCCGGUCACGUCGACUAUUUCGACCAGUUUGCAUCCGCAUCCGGAUGAUGGUAAAACGUUGAGUAAUUUUUCGAAUGUAUAAAUACGUGCAUUAUUCGGAUUACGAGGUAUUAAUAUGUGUUAAUUGUGUAUGAAUUAUGUACGAGUAUUGAGGUAUUUUACAGUACCCAGCUAAUCCAAAUAAACGUCGCGAUCGUCAAAAGCACAGAAACUUUUUCAAAAUUUGAAAAACACAUUUCAAAACUUUCUUUCAAAAAGAAUUAAAAAUUCAGAAUUUCAAAAAUAUUCGUAAAUUUUGAACAAGAUUUCAAUUUUUGGAAAGAACAUUGCGAGGCCGGAUCCCAAAACUAGGUGGUCGCCUGAAGGGACAGAAUUAUGGCGCGGAAAAAUUACGAGGAAAAAAAUUACUCGUAAAACCAGUAUUCAUAAUUUUGAGAACAUGUAAGGAGGAGGGAGCGGGGGAGGGGGUAGUGUUUUGAAAAAGUCCAUCUUUUUUCAAUUUUUUAUUUUUAUAAGCCCAUAGGUGGUAUGUUGAAAAAAACAUCCUAGCUAUUGUUGAUCUCUCGAAUCGAUUCGUUCGUAUUUACAGUUUUGAAAAAAUUUCUGGGUGCAAAAAUUUAUGAGAAAAAGUUCAAAAUGAAAUUCAGCAUUUUUAAUAGUCCGGCAUAUGACAAUAAGAGUAAUUGCACCCCCCCCCAUCCGAUCCUCCAGGACAAUUUCUCUCUUAAAGGGGACAUCCAAGGAAAAUUUUAAAGCAAACUUGCCCAAAAAAAAGGUUGGCGUUACUUACAAAAUGGCGGACAUUUUGAUUGACAGGUCAGCCGAAAUUGCAGAUUUUGCGUUUUAACAUAAGACAUGCACGAACUUUUUCAAAC